AUGCCUCUCGCCGUUGCCCCGGCAUCGGGCGGUGCAGAAGGCCCGCAGUUUGAAAAGGUCGACUGGAAGCGCGAGCCGGGUCUGCGCAAGCUCUACUUUUAUGCCAUUGUCUUGUGUGUCGCCUCGGCCACCACAGGUUACGAUGGGGGCUCGAUGCUCGGCCUGCUCGGCGCGCUCUACCAGAUCGGCAGCUUGUGCUCCAUCCCGCUGGUCCCCUUGUUUACCGACAAUCUGGGCCGCAAGCCGCCCAUCGCCGUCGGCUGCGUCAUUAUGAUUGUCGGCGCCGUGCUGCAGGGCAGCUGCCAGAACCUGGGCACGUUCAUGGGCGGGCGCGCGCUGCUGGGCUUUGGCAACUCGCUGGCCCAGAUCGCGUCGCCCAUGCUGCUCACGGAGCUGUGCCACCCGCAGCACCGCGGCCGCCUGACGACGGUGUACAACUGCCUGUGGAACGUGGGCGCGCUCAUCGUGACAUGGGUGUCGUUUGGUACCAACUACCUCAACAACAACAGCUCGUGGCGCAUCCCGGCGCUGCUGCAGGGGCUGCCGUCGGUGAUCCAGCUGUUCUUCAUCUACUGGGUGCCCGAGAGCCCGCGUUUCCUCAUGGCCAAGGACAAGCACGAGCAGGCGCUGGCGAUCCUGGCAAAGUACCACGGCAGCGGCGACGCCAACCACCCGACGGUGCAGUUUGAGUACCGCGAGAUCAAGGAGACGAUCCGGCUCGAGAUGGCCAGCAAGAAGAACAGCACGUACCUCGACUUUUUCCGCACGCGCGGCAACCGCUACCGCCUCGCCGUGCUCAUCUCGCUCGGCAUCUUCUCGCAGUGGUCCGGCAACGCCAUCAUCAGCAACUACCAGAGCAUCCUGUACGACACUGCCGGCAUCACGGACCCCACCACCAAGCUGGGCCUGUCGGGCGGCCAGACGGGGCUGGCCCUCGUCGUCUCCAUCAGCAUGGCCAUGCUCGUCGACAAGAUUGGCCGCCGGCCCAUGUUCCUGGCCUCCACCGCCGGCAUGUUUGGCACGUUUGUCUUCUGGACCCUGACGGCCGGCCUCUACCAGGACCAACACCUCCAACGCGCCUCGUACGCCAUGAUCUUCUUCAUCUGGCUCUUUGGCGUCUUCUACUCGCUCGCCUGGUCCGGCCUGCUCGUCGGCUACGCCAUUGAGAUUUUGCCCUACCGCCUGCGCGGCAAGGGCCUCAUGAUUAUGAACUACACCAUCCAGGCCGCGCUGACCCUCAACGUCUACGCCAACCCCGUCGCCUUUGACUACUUCAACGACCACUCGUGGAAGUUUUACCUCAUCUACACCUGCUGGAUCUUCCUCGAGCUCCUCUUUGUCUACUUUAUGUACGUCGAGACCCGCGGCCCCACCCUCGAGGAGCUGGCCAAGGUCAUUGACGGCCCCGAGGCGGCCGUGCCGGAGAUGGACCUGACACAGGUCGAGAAGGAGCUGCACCUCAACGAGGUCGAGCGGAUUUAG